AUGGGACCGUUGAAGAGCCCUGUCUUCCUCUUGAUCCUUCUGGAAGGCGUCCUGAGCAAUUCCCUCAUCCAACUGAACAACAAUGGCUAUGAAGGCAUCGUCAUCGCCAUUGACCACAAUGUUCCAGAAGAUGAAGGCCUCAUCCAGCAGAUAAAGGAUAUGGUGACGCAGGCCUCUCCAUACCUGUUCGAAGCUACGGGGAAAAGAUUUUACUUCAAGAAUGUUGCCAUUUUGAUUCCUGAAAACUGGAUGACCAAACCUGACUAUAAGAGGCCAAAACUCGAAACCUUCAAAAAUGCUGAUGUCCUUGUGUCAACAGCUAGCCCUGCAGGUGACGAUGAGCCAUUCACUGAGCAUGUAGGGGCAUGUGGAGAAAAGGGGAUCAGGAUUCACCUGACUCCUAAUUUCUUAGCAGGAAAGAAGCUGACUCAGUAUGGACCACAAGAGAGGGCGUUCAUCCACGAGUGGGCCCAUUUCCGAUGGGGAGUAUUUGAUGAGUACAACAAUGAUGAGAAAUUCUACUCAUCCAAAGGGAAGACCGAAGCAGUGAGAUGCUCAAUGGAUAUUACCGGUGAAAAUCUAGUCCGUCGGUGCCAGGGAGGCAGUUGUAUCGAACGUGGAAAGUGCCAAAUUGACAAAUUAACAGGACUCUAUAAAAACAAUUGUGUAUUCAUACCACAUAAGCAACAGACUGCAAAGGCAUCCAUAAUGUUCAGUCAAAGUAUUAAUUCUGUGGUUGAAUUCUGUACAGAAAAAAAUCACAACAAAGAAGCCCCAAAUGCCCAAAACCAACGAUGCAAUCUCCGAAGCACGUGGGAAGUCAUCCAAGAAUCUGAGGACUUUAAGCAAACCACUCCCAUGACAACCCAGCCACCCACACCCACCUUCUCACUGCUGCAAACUGCACAAAGAGUUGUGUGUUUAGUUCUUGAUAAGUCCGGGAGCAUGACGAAUGAUGACCGUCUUAACCGAAUGAAUCAGGCAAGCAAGCUUUUCCUGCUACAGACCGUGGAGCAGGGAUCCUGGGUUGGCAUGGUGACAUUUGACAGCGCCGCCUAUGUACAAAGCGAACUCAUACAGAUAAACAGCGGUGCUGACAGAGAUCUGCUGACCAAUCGCUUACCCACAGUAUCUUCAGGAGGGACAUCUAUAUGCUCCGGGCUUCAAGCAGCAUUUACAGCGAUAAAGAAGAAGUACCCAACCGACGGGUCUGAAAUUGUGCUGCUGACUGACGGGGAAGACAACACCAUCAGCAACUGCUUUGACAUGGUGAGGAAGAGCGGGGCGAUCAUCCACACAGUGGCCCUGGGACCAGCUGCCGCUGCAGAGCUGGAGCAGCUGUCCAAAAUGACAGGCGGUUUGCAGACAUAUGCUUCUGAUCAGGCUCAGAACAAUGGUCUCGUCGAUGCCUUUGCGGCCCUUUCGUCAGGAAACGGAGCUGCCUCUCAGAAUUCCAUUCAGCUGGAGAGCAGGGGAGCAAAUCUCCAGAAUGACCAGUGGAUGAAUGGCUCAGUGAUAGUAGACAGCACAGUGGGCAAGGACACCUUGUUUCUUGUCACCUGGACAACGCACCCUCCCAAAAUUCUUCUCUGGGAUCCCAGUGGGACGAAACAAGAUGGUUUUAUCAUAGACACGACCACCAAGAUGGCCUACCUCCAAAUCCCAGGCACUGCCAAGGUUGGCUUUUGGAAAUACAGCCUGCAAGCGAGCUUACAAACUCUCACGUUGACUGUCACCUCCCGUGCAGCAAGUGCUACAGUGCCUCCUAUUACAGUGACCCCAAAAGUGAACAAGAAUGCAGGAAAUUUCCCCAGCCCAGUAACGGUGUACACGGCUAUUCGCCAAGGAGCCUCGCCCAUUCUCAGGGCUAGUGUCACGGCCUUGAUUGAAUCUGUGAAUGGAAAAACAGUAACCCUGGAGUUACUGGAUAAUGGAGCAGGUGCCGACGCUACCAAGAACGAUGGUGUCUACUCAAGGUUUUUCACAGCUUUCGAUACUAAUGGUAGAUACAGCAUAAAAAUAUGGGCUCUGGGAGGAGUUACUUCAAACAGACAGAAUGUGGCACCCCGGCAGAAUGCAGCCAUGUACAUAGAUGGCUGGAUCGAAAACGGUGAAAUAAAAAUGAAUCCUCCACGCCCUGAACCUAGUAAUCUUCAGGAAAAGCAGCUGUGCUUCAGCAGGACAUCUUCAGGGGGUUCAUUUGUGGCCACUGAUGUUCCCAAGGCCCCCAUCCCUGACCUCUUUCCACCUUGCCAAAUCACGGACCUGAAGGCCAGCAUCCAAGGGCACAAGCUCGUCAACCUGACUUGGACUGCUCCCGGGGAUGAUUAUGACCAUGGGAGAGCUUCCACGUACAUCAUCCGAAUAAGUACAAGCAUUGUUGACCUCAGAGACAAGUUCAAUACUUCAGUCCAAGUGAACACUACUGACCUCAUCCCCAAAGAGGCCAACUCUGAGGAGAACUUUAAGUUCGAACUGGAAAAUAACAGCUUUGAAAAUGGCACGGAUAUCUUCAUUGCUAUCCAGGCUGUGGAUAAGUCCAACCUGAAGUCAGAAAUCUCCAACAUUGCCCGGGUAUCUCUGUUUAUCCCGACUCCAGAGCCACCCGCUCCCGAAGACACAACUCCGCCUUGUCCUGACAUUAGCAUCAACAGCACCAUCCCUGGCCUCCACGUGCUAAAGAUAAUGUGGAAGUGGAUAGGGGAAAUGCAGGUGACGCUAGGUUUGCACUGAAUUUUCAGGCAAUAAAUAAAUCAUUCCUUUCAUUGUAGAAUUUUCUAAAAAUGUAAUUUAGAUUUCCUGUAGGGGGCGAUAUAGUGACAUGGGAAGCUGAAAACCUGGGGCCCUUGUGUAUUAAAAAUGAUCUGU